ACAAAACUUAUUAGCUAGUGCUCUUCCAUUUCCAGCUUGAAUUCCUCUGUAAAAUUUAGUGUAGUGUCUACCUCAAGCAACCUGUCCAAAUUAUGAUCCUUUAUCCCUAUCCUCGUAUUUUCUCAUCAUCGACUAAUUAUUGUUCUUCCUGUUAGGUCAUUACGAUUUACGUAUAUAAAGGGCUUUCUAGAAAACUAGUUCAUACCCAUCAAAUUAAUCAACUAAUUCUAUUUUCUUUUUCAAGAUGGCAACUUCUUGCAGACUCUCAAUGCUAGUGUUCUUCUUUGUUUCCUCUACGGGUACUUUCAUGGUGGCUUCUGCUGGUAAUUUCCACGAAGAAGUAGACCUGACAUGGGGUGGCGAUCGUGCUAGGAUAGACGAUGCAGGGAAUGUUCUCUCUCUUACUCUUGACAAAGCUUCUGGCUCUGGGUUCAAGUCUAAGGCAGAGUAUCUUUUUGCAAGGUUGGACAUGGAAAUCAAGCUUGUUGCAGGCAAUUCCGCUGGAACUGUCACUUGUUACUAUUUAUCAUCUCAAGGGCCUUACCAUGAUGAAAUUGAUUUUGAGUUUUUGGGGAAUCUUAGUGGAGACCCCUAUACUGUCCAUACCAAUGUGUAUACACAAGGGCAAGGAAAUAGAGAGCAGCAGUUUCAGCUUUGGUUCGACCCAACAAAAAAUUUUCAUCUCUAUUCUAUUGUAUGGGAUCCCCAGAGAAUCAUAUUCUUAGUAGACAAUAUCCCAAUAAGAAUAUACCAAAAUAAAGAAUCAAUUGGAGUUCCCUUCCCAAAGAAUCAACCAAUGAAGGUGUACUCAAGCCUGUGGGAUGCUGAUCAAUGGGCAACAAGAGGUGGGCUUAUAAAAACAGAUUGGUCUAAGGCUCCUUUCACUGCUUACUACAGAAACUUCAAGGCCACUACAAGCACAAAGACUAGUAGUCCUUCUGCUAGCUCAAUCAAAAGCAAAAAUAUUGUAUGGCAAACUCAAGGGCUCGACGCCUAUGGCCGUCGGUUGCUUAGAUGGGUUCAAAGGUAUCAUAUGAUUUACAACUAUUGCACCGAUUACAGGCGAUUUCCUCAAGGCCGCCCGCUUGAGUGCCGCCGUGGUUCUAGCUAGAUUCUUGUUGUUCAAUUUCAUUUUUCUACUCUAGUUCAUAUGAUGUUUAUUUAUGUAAAAUAAAUUAUAUUUUUGUAUC